AAAUAAAUAAAAAAGCAAAAGAAACAAAUGAAUAUAGUUUGGCUUACACAGGAGCGUCACUGACCGGCGGGUGGCGGAUUCGGUCACGGUAACACAGGGGCGAUGGGGAGCAACGUUUUACGACGAACAAGUGAUCGGAGCGAACUUUUUGACGGACGGACUGGGAGGCGGUGACCGGGGCGGUGGAGAGUACGCGACCGGCGGUUACGACGUGCGCCUGUCACCUGUUGUUAUUCACAUUGCUUCACUGGACAUCGAAUCUUACCAGUUGUUUGUGGAGGAGGACGAAUCGUGCAUUGUUUUUUUUUUUUUUUUUUUUUUGUUCCUUCGUGAUGGCGGCAAGGGAACAUGUGGAGGAGAUACGGAGGAAAAAGUUCUCCGUUGGUGGAGAACCGAAUCCGUUAACAGAGGAUCUUCAUCAGGCUGUUAAGAAUCUGUCUGCUGAGCGUUACACCAAGGAUGUUCAUUUUCUCAUGGAACUAAUUCAGAACGCAGAGGAUAACGAGUAUCCAGAAGAGGUUGACCCUUCCUUGGAAUUUGUGAUCACAUCAAAGGACAUAACAAACACCGGUGCUCCAGCGACAUUGUUAGUUUUUAACAACGAAAAAGGGUUUCUACCUAAGAAUAUUGAAUCAAUUUGUAGCGUUGGACGUUCUACUAAGAAAGGCCUUCGUAAGCAUGGUUAUAUAGGCGAGAAAGGAAUUGGAUUCAAGAGUGUCUUUCUGGUAACAGCUCAGCCACACAUAUUCAGUAAUGGGUAUCAGAUACGGUUUAAUGAAAAGCCUUGCCAGCAGUGUAACCUUGGUUAUAUUGUUCCUGAAUGGGUACUGGAGGGGGAUCCAAUGCUAUCUGCCAUUAAAAGCAUAUAUGGUUUGGCUACUGACCUGCCAACCACAACUCUAGUACUUCCUUUAAAGCCAGAGAAGGUCAAACCAGUCAAGGAUCAGCUCUCGAGUCUCCAUCCUGAAGUUUUAUUGUUUCUUUCAAAAAUAAGACGGCUUUCUGUCAGGGAGGAUCCUAAGCUUAACACUUUAAACACUAUAUCCAUUUCCAGUGAGAAAAAGAUUGUUACUACAAAGAGCAAGGAUGCCGAAUCGUAUACACUUCAUCUCACAGCCGAUGAAGCUGACAGAGGAUGUGGGUACUACAUGUGGAAGCAAAGAUUUCCAGUGAAGAAGGAAAAUAAAGUUGAAGUUAGAACAGAGGUAGAAGAGUGGGAAAUCACUCUGGCUUUUCCAUAUGGAAAAAGAUUUGGUUCAAGUUUGCCUGGUAUCUAUUCGUUUUUACCAACUUGUACAAUCACAAAUUUUCCAUUCAUAAUGCAAGCCGAUUUUCUCUUGGCUUCAUCAAGGGAAAAUAUCCUCUGGGACAACAAAUGGAACCAAGGAAUUCUUGACUGUGUUCCAAUGGCUUUUGUGAAUGCGUUUACCUCACUCGUGAAAUCUUCAACAGAUGUACUAAGCAUGUUUUGGUUCUUACCUGUCAACAAGUCGCAUCAUCCGAAGCUGAAUAUUGUCCGGGAUGCAAUUAAAGCAAACCUGAUGAACGAGACUAUUGUCCCAUGCGAGUCAUACAACACCCCUCAGAAGCUGUUUUAUAAACCCAAGGAAGUUGGUAGGUUGAAGCCUGCAUUUUGGAGCAUAAUGAACGAGGCAAUGAGCCAAGGCGUGAGUUUUUCCAAUAUCUUAUCGCAUGAUUCAUACAUCAUUGCUUCAUCAUUUGAUAAAAAGGAGUACGAUGCCAUUCUUGACUUUUUGGAAAUCCAAUUUAUAGAUCAUGAAUGGUAUGCAAAAUGCAUCGGAAGCUCUAAUCUUGUAAUGGGCGUCUCAGAAGACAUUUACAUACAACUUCUGUUAUUCAUCACACAAAGCUGGGAGUCUUGUUUUUACAAAACCAACAUGAAGAAUACGCCAUUGAUCAAGUAUGUUGGGAAGGAUGGAAAUGUUGAUUUAGUUACUCCAAUCUCUGGUAGAAACAGGCUGCUGGCUGCAGAUUGUGAUCAUAUAUCAUGGUUGAUUAAUUGGAACACAGAGUUCGGAUGUUCAACUGGUAAAUUCUUUCUACCCAAAGUCACACAAGAAGGCAUAGAAUUAUGUUCGGAGAUGCCAACUAUAGUGGCAUGGCUUAAAGACGAGGUGAAGGUUAGUUUUGUGAGUGUUUAUGAAUAUGCUGAGCUUGUCAGUCGUUCAGUCCACAGUGAUCGCAAGCUGGCUGUUAUGUAUGCCCAUUUCCUCUAUACUUCUUCACAAAAUGAUUACUUUUGGAAGCAUGAGGUUCGAAAUCUGUGUAGGGACAUGCCAAUUGUUGAUAAAUACGGGCAAAUAAAUGAAACAAGACGUGGAGUUGUUGUACCUGGUAAUGGAAGCAGAUGGGUGGAGCUGAUUGGUCCAAAUAAUCCUUGGAAGAAGCAUGAUUAUGUUGAACUGGGCGAAGAUUAUAAUACCUGUGAUGUGACCUAUUUUUGUGAUGUUACAUCAGGUGAAAAGCUUGUUUCAUUUCUUAAAGCUUAUGAUAUUCCCAAUCUAUCUCCCCCGAAUGCUGCUAUUCCUACUCUGGCUUCUCCUCUCACAAAAAGAAACACAUUCUUGCUUCUAGAAUGGGUUCGCCAGUUAAGGGCAUCAGGGUUUAGUAUUAAUCUACCAGAAAGGUUUCUAUCUUCAAUUAAAAAUGGCAGCUGGUUGAAGAUUUAUUCGGGUGGAAGUACUGGGUACGGCCCUCCCGCCGGGUCAUUCAUGCUAGACUCAUCAAUCGGGAACCUUGUACAGUAUGCAUCAGAUCUUGUACAAUUCCCAAUGGUAGAUGUGCAGUUUUAUGGUGCCGAGAUAAAGAAUUACAAAGAUGAGUUAGAAACGAUUGGAAUUAGGUUUGAGGAGAUGGACGCCUUUGGUAAGCGUCUCAUGGAUCAUGCCAAGCUUACCAAAGACAAUUUCUUUUCAGUGCUUAAGUUUAUUAAGCAUCUAGGAGGAGCGAAUCCAACAAGUGAUUUGUUGAUUAAAAUUAUGAGAGGAGAAAAGUGGGUUAGAACAGUUGAAGGUGAAAUGACUCCUGGCAAUUCUGUUUUGUUCAGUCAGGAGGAAUGGCUUGCUGCUUCAUGGAUAAGUGACAUCCCAUUCAUAGAUCAAGACUACUAUGGUGAGGAGAUACUUUGUUUCAAGGAUGAACUAGAUCUUCUGGGUGUGGUUGUGAAGUUCAACCAGAAUUAUCAGCUUGUUGUGGACAACGUCAAAUCCCCAUGUGAACUUGGUUAUUUGCCAUCUGAAGCCAUGUUACUGGUAUUAGAAUGCAUAAAGAAUUUCCAAUCGCCAGAUAAGCUGGUGGAUGCGAUUCGUUACAGUCGGUGCUUGAUGACAAACUUGGGUUACAAUGCUCCAUAUUUCUCUUUCUUGUUGAACCCAGAGUCUCAAUGGGGUUGCCUUCUUCAGGUCUUCGAAUCAUUCCCACUUAUUGAUGAACACUUCUAUGGGAGGUCUAUCUAUUCUAUGUCCAAUGAAUUAAAGAAAAUCGGUGUCGUGGUGGACUUUGAGCAUGCCAUCACAAAAUUUACUCUGACUUUCGAGAAUAGAUCUUCAUCUUCAAUCAAAAAAGAACAAGUCCUUUCGUUUCUGAAAUGUUACAGAAAGCUAAAGAAACUGAAACUAAAACUUCCUGUGGAUCUGAAGAACUGCAUACGCAAAAAGAAAUGGCUACGAACAAGGCUUGGCGACUACCGAUCACCAAAUGAGUGCAUUCUUUUUAGUACAGACUGGGAACUGAUUUCUUCAAUCUCCAUGCUUCCCUUCAUUGACGACACCAAUGACUUCUAUGGAAGUGAAAUCCAUGACUAUCGUGUGGAGCUGAAGAAGUUUGGUGUUGUUACAGAUUUCAAAACUUGUGCUGAGUUUUUGGCCCAUGGCCUUGUCUUGCCUCAAGAUUCCAGUACCCUUGCUCCUGAAAUUGUCUACACCUUGCUUCAAUCUGUCAAGGAACUGAAAGGGAAAGAUAUGAUUCUUGGAAAAUUUCGAGAAAAACUGUCUCAAAAGAAUUGGCUGAAAACCUAUUUUGGCUACAAACGCCCUGACGAGUGUUUGCUCUUCUCUUCUGACUGGAAUCCUUUCUUGAAAUGCAAUGAUGGGCCUUUCAUUGAUGAAGGGUUCUAUGGAUCCACCAUUGCAUCCUAUAAACAUGAGCUCAGUCUUUUAGGAGUUAUUGUUGAUUUUAACAAGGAGGGAUGCCGAUUGGUCGCUAAUCAUAUCGAAUGCCACUCCAAUUUUGAAACUAUUUCUCGAAUCUAUAAUUACUUGUCUACAUUUAAGUGGGAGCCUGUUGACCAAGUCAACACAAGGAUAUGGAUCCCAAGGGGAACCGACAACGGAGAAUGGGUAAUGCAUCAGGACUGUGUCCUCCAUGACAAAAACAAUCUAUUUGGCGAACAAUUAAACAUUUUGGAGAAUUCCAAGUAUGACAAGGAAACCCUCGACUUGUUUGCAAAUACUUUGAAUGUGAAACUUUAUCCCUCUGUUGAAGACUACUGCAAGCUGUGGAAGACAUGGGAAACUUCAGGACGCCAGAUAACACUCCAUGAAUGCUGUGCCUUUUGGGAGUUUGUGGUUCAAAAUUGGUACCCAACAACACAAGAGACUUUCAGUAACAACUUGCUAAAAAUCCCUGUUUUGGAUCCUAAUUCGAAUGGAAUUUUUCUGUUUGACAAACGUGACAUCUUCAUUGCGGAUGACCUUUUCUUGACUGAUCUCUUUCUUCAAAGCUGCUGCUACUCUCAUCCCAUAUUUGCAUGGUUUCCUCAGCCAAGUGUAAAAUCUCUCAUAACCCGAACCAAGCUUGUGGACAUCUACACAAAAAUUGGUGUUCGGAGGUUGUCUCAAUCUGCACGAAAAAAUAUUAUAUCUGAUAUAGAUGAAGAUGCUAGACAUGAAGCUGUUACCUGUGUACUUGCACUUGAAGCUUUUGAGUCGCCAGAAAAAAUGACGGCCCGAUACAGGUUGACUUUUUCAUCUGGAGAUGUGGUGGAUGUGGAACCAAGGCGAAUGAUCCAUUGGGACAAACAGCACUCCAAAUUAUAUAUGCAGAAGAAGACUUCUUCUAAUUAUAAAUAUGCAAUUGAAUAUGCAUCUCAUUUUGCAGAGGAGAUAGCAGAGGGGGUGUUGUUGGAGAAGGAAGAACUUGUGCGGGAUCUGUCUGAAUUGAUCCGGUUGGGUUAUCUGCUGGAUUUUGAUGAGGAAGCAGUUGAGUUCCUCAUGAAGACCAACAAUCUGCAGAUCUUUGUGGAGGAUCAAGACUACCUUUCUUCUAUAUUCUCCUCUUCAAAGGGCAAUCUACAAGAAAUAGCGCCAGGGCAACCACCCAAGCUCAGGCCAAAAAAGAGGCGGAGGCAUAAUUCUGUUGCUUUUCCCCCUUCUAAUGAGUUACAAAGUACCAAGCUUCGUAGACAAACGAGUGACCCCUGUAAAUCAGUAAGUAUUUAUCGGUGAAGAUUUAAUCCAGUUAUGUGUUGUUUUAUAGAAUAAUAAUGCCAUGUUGAGGCGGAUCUGUCUAGUAAGAAGGGUAUGCAACGAUGU